AAAGGAUCGGGUUCGUUCUUGCUUUCUUUAUUUCUUCCCUUUCGUUCCUCGCCGGCCGUCACUCUUCUUGCAACUUAAUCUUCUUUGGAAUUAGGAAACAGGAAAGAGAAAGAGAAAGCAAAAGAGAAAGAGAAGAGAAGCGAAAGCGAGAAAAGAAGAAGAGCCAAGAGAGAGGAGGAAUAGAGAGAAGAAUAAAAGGAAGAGGGAGAAGAGCAAAGAGAGAUCUACUCGGAAAAGAAUGGCGAAGCAGGGUCACAACAACACCCACAACGACAGCGUCCGCAUCCCCAUCGGAGAACGGCGGCAGCAUCGAGAGGAUGGUAGAAGCGACACCACCACGGCGGCCUUCGCUACAAGAAUCAAUCAGAUAGCGCCCACCGCCACCCAGGUUGACAGAGCCAGAGUGAAUCAAGGAGCAGCAAAUGCCAAUUUCACCGGCAAGCUCGCCAUGAUCCUCUUCUUGACACACCUCCUUGCCCUUGCCAUCCUUAUCACCUUCCUCUCCGUCCGUGGCUUCAUGGAUCGGGCGCCCGCAUUCCAUCCCAUCUACUGGUACGUCCCCCUCUUCACCUCCAGCGCAUCCUCCGCCCUCACCGCCCUCCUAUGGCUCCUCCUCACCCUCCGCCACCCUUCCAAAGCCCUCAAGGCCUCCCUCUGGCUCUCCCCCUUCCUCACUUGCGCCGUUGCCAUGCUCCUCCUCGCCAACGGCACCGGCUCCAGCCUGGCUUGCGCGGCGCUCGCCCUCGCUCUUGCUCUCAUCCAGUCCCUCUACGCCUGCUGGGUCACGCCGCGACUCCCCCAUGCAUACCAGAUCCUCUCCGCCGCAACCCCUGCCGUCCAACCCUCCGUCGCCAUCGCCAAGUACAUCGCCGCCAUGCUCCUCACGGGCCUCGCGUACUCCUCAUUCUGGAUCCUCGGCGUCGGCGGUGUCGCGGCCGACAGAGCCUCGAGAUUCGGCCCGCUUUACGUGCUAAUGCUGCUUUUGAGCCUCUGGUGGAGCAUGCAGGUGAUGAGAUACCUGGUUCACGUCGCGGUGGCGCGGGUGGCCUACAUGAAGCUCGCCCGCGGCGCCGAGGAGGCGUUCCGGGGAGCCACCGGGGCGCGGUGGCUCGGGGGCGUCUGCCUGGGGGCGGCGGUGGCGCCGGUGGUCGGGGCGGUGAGGGGCUCGGCGCGGGCGAUGGGCCUGGUGGCAGGGGACUCGGACGAGUUCCUCUUCUCGUGCACCAGCUGCUACAUGGGAGUGGCGGACCGGCUGGUGGCGUGGGGAAACCGGUGGGGGCUGGUGCAUGUGGGGGCCCAUGACAAAGGCUUCGGGAGGGCGUCGACCGAAACGUGGGAGAUGUUCGUGAAGCAGGGGAUGCGGCGGCUCAUCGACCGCGACCUCACCGGAUCGUUCUGCUUCUUGUGCGGGGUCGCCGGAGGUGCGGCGGCGGCGCUGGUGGCGGGUUGCUGGGCGCUGGCGGUCGAGAGCAGCUACGUGACGGGGAUUACGCUGUAUGCCUUCAUCAUCGGCUAUUUCAUGAUUCGGAUUGCCAUGGCCUGGCCUCAGGCAUGCGUGGCAGCGUAUCAUGUAGCAUACGCAGAGAACCCACAGAACAGCCGUCUGGGUUCGCUGAUACCUAAUCGAAUAGGGGAGCUGCAAUCCUCUCUGGACUGAACUCAAAACGGAUUUUGAGGUCACCGUGUACAGUUCCAGCCAUGCGCCAUGGCCACAGCUCAUCAAGCACAUCGAUCGUUUCCUGCAACCAGCUGGCUGCUGCUGAUUCGCGCAACUCAGCAUCCGCCCCCAAGGAUACAGAUUGCAGCAGCACUUCUGCUUGUCAAGUUUAUCAACUUAAAGACGUUGAUGAAUAUUUUUUUUACUUUCUACUUGUAUGAAGUUACCAGGUAUCCUCGAGAAACAACGGUGAGCAGUUUGUUCUAAAUUGACCCCCCAAAUCCUACGACUGUGCAAACUAAUUCAUAUAGGAUAUGAUAUGAAGUUUCCGUGCAUAUAAAAAGAUAGGGAAAAAAUAGAAACAGCAUACAAUGAAUCGCUGAAUUUAAGUA